AUGGUUUGGGGUGAUGAAGUAGCCAAAAAGGGAGGGACCUUGUAUCUCUCAUCUAGUGGUAGCAACGGGUUGUGUCAUGUACCACAUCUCUACGCUCAUGAGACUUUCGAGCGCUGGAAGGAGCUGUUCAAUGACGCGUGCAAAGUUGCCGCGCAAAUGCAUGAUCAUAUCCUCCUGCGUCGUCAGCUGCCAGGAACCCCUUCGUCGACUAGUGAAAAGUGGCGUCUUUCGACAUCAAAGAACGUCUAG